UGUGCUAUUAAUUUAUGGUUAACAAGUCUAAGUCUGACAUUUUCAUUUAUCUGCUAUUUAUCUUUGCACAUUUGACGCAGUUUGUCGGAACAGCCACAAAGCAAGUGGUGACAAAGCAACUUUCGGUUGCAAUGCAGUGUUAAAUAUGGUGGGUGUGGACAGCUCGGCAGGAAAGGGACACAAAAACCAGACUGUUAGCUGGAGAACUGUAGCAGACAGAACAUUUUUGUUUGUUUCCACCAUGCCUGCUGAAGAUCUUGGUCCAGGUCGGGGUGAAAGGAGAAGGUUGCCCUGGCUGUUUCUAGUGCUGGUCAUUGCUGCCAUCACCUCCUCUUCCCUGUCUGUGAUCUCCCUGUACCAUGUCCUGGCCCUGCAGGCAGAGGUGGAGGGUUUGAGAGCUGAGGUGGUCCGCAAGAGAGAGGAGCAAAGUGGGACACUAGAAGAACCUGUGAGCGGGGCAGAAAAACAAACUCAUGAGCAGGAAGAAGAAGAGACCAAAGAGAGAAUUGAGUAUCUGCAGCAGACUGAGAUGGGUGAUACCGUAACAGACCAUACUGUCCUGUCAAAAAGGAGCCUGGGUCAUACGUCAAACAAAGCAGAAUCCCAGCCCUGUUUACAAAUGAUGGCAGACAACAGGAGAAAAACCUUCCAGAAAGAGUUUGCUUUGGAAAUAUGCACAGCCAUCCCAUGGCAAGUCGGACUGAAGCGUGGCUCAGCUCUGGAGGAAGAGCAGGGUACCAUUUUAGUCAAAGAGGAAGGAUUCUUCUUUAUCUAUAGUCAGCUCUCCUUUUCCCAGGUUUACUACACAGACUCUACGUUCGCUAUGGGCCACAUCGUGAUUCGUAUAAAGAAGAACGUCGUAGGAGACGAGAGUCAGCACGUUGUUCUGUUCCGUUGUAUACAGAGCAUGAAUCGAGUCAAUCACUUCAACACCUGCUACACCGGAGGCAUAGUGAAGUUGGACUCUGGGGACAGACUGGAGCUUCUGAUACCUCGUACCCAUGCAAAUAUCUCUCUGGAUGGGGAUUCCACCUUCUUAGGAGCAAUAAAACUGGCCUGACAAUGGAAAAAGGCUUUGGAUCAGACAUUAAAUGAGAUUGGAUAUGCUAUUAUAAUUAUUCGUAAGGAUAAUUAUUGACAUUCACUGGACUUCAUGAAUAAAAGAGCUGCUUUAUGAUGUGGAGUAUUCUUGAAAAUGUCUUCAUUGAACUACUUUGUAUCCAGGCUCUUUACACUUCAGUGGCAUUUCAUCAAACAUGCACAAAAUUUACUAUAUGCACCAUAUUGAAGUUCCUCUGUCGCAAUUCAUGAUUCAUCAGUCCUCAUAAUGUUUUAUCAAAAUAUAGUAACGUCUUAGAAAUGACUUCCCUCUUUGUUUUUCACAUCUUUAACUGCCUGACUCAUUCAGGUGUGUAACAACCAUUUUUCACAAUCCAGUCAGUUCCUGGUGAAUAAAAUCAAGUCCCACUCAGCAUUUUUAUUAAGCACAUUAUUUAUAACACAUUUUAUUGUCAAAUGUGCUAUAAAGACCAUUUCUUGAUGGUUUGUUAACAUGCACCCUGUAUUUAAUGUUUUAUUAUUCAGAACAUCUGUUGCAGAAUACCACCUCAGUAUGUGCUUUGGUUUUAACGAAGUACUUUGACAUUUGUAACAUGAAAGUGUGCUUUCGUACAUCAGUAUGUUUAAAGUUUGCACUGAACAUGCAGCCUCCAUGAUUCUACCAGCAGAUGGAGACAGUAUCACACUGUGGAAGAGCAUUGGAAUGCACUUGCUUUGUGUAAACAGCUUUCAUAAAGACAGUUCUUUCUGUUCAUUGACAGAGGUUGUAUAUGCUUCUGGUGUGUGAAUUUUUCAGCCGCAUCUCAUAUAGAAACAAUCAUCAUAGUGUCCCAGGCCUUGAGAUGCUGGAAUUCUGCAUGUACUGUAAACACAGUGUCUCUUAACAAUAAAUCAUCAGCUCUGCUGCUUUGCCUUGCUUUA